AUGAUAAUGUAGCUAGACUGAAUUAACGCUUCGCGUUCAGGGUUGUCUAAAAGAUGGCUUCAAUGAUGGCGGAGCAGGAAGGGUUGAAAUGUAACAGCGCCAGGAACCGAGGUGGAGUGCAGCGUGUUGAGGGGAAACUUAGGGCCAGUGUAGAGAAAGGAGAUUAUUAUGAGGCUCACCAGAUGUAUCGGACAUUGUUUUUCAGGUACAUGUCACAGGCUAAAUAUGUAGAAGCAAGAGAACUAAUGUAUUCUGGAGCAUUGCUGUUUUUUAGCCACAAUCAGCAGAACAGUGCUGCUGAUCUCUCCAUGCUGGUUUUGGAAUCCUUAGAAAAAUCUAAAGCAGAAGUGACGGAAGACCUGUUGGAAAACUUGGCCAAACUUUUUAGUCUGAUGGAUCCAAAUUCUCCUGAACGAGUGGCAUUCGUUUCCAGAGCACUUAAGUGGUCCAGUGGAGGUUCUGGCAAACUUGGUCAUCCUGUUCUACAUCAGCAACUAGCCAUUGCACUGUGGAAAGAACAAAACUAUAGCGAGUCCCGUUACCACUUUUUACACUCUUCGGAUGGAGAAGGCUGUGCGAAUAUGCUUGUUGAAUAUUCAACAGUCAAGGGGUAUCGCAGUGAGGUGGAUAUAUUUGUGGCUCAAGCAGUUUUGCAGUAA